AUGCGGGGACCCGUCGGGGCUGGCGUGCUGGACGUAAAGCGCGUGUUUGGUGUUUCCACGCUGGACAUUGUUCGUGCCAACACCUUCAUCGGUGAAGCCGCCGGAGUUGACCCGCAAAAGGUUAAUGUUCCAGUCAUCGGAGGCCAUUCCGGUGUGACAAUCAUCCCCGUUCUGUCGCAAGCCACCCCGUCGGUUAGCUUCCCCCAGGACAAGGUCGCCGCUCUGUCCGAACGCAUCCAGGAGGCUGGUACCGAAGUCGUCAAGGCCAAGGCAGGAGCCGGUUCGGCUACCCUGUCGAUGGCUUAUGCUGGAGCACGUUUCGCACUGGCUCUGGCCCGCGCCAUGAACGGCGAGAAGAACGUCAUCGAAUGUGCUUACGUUCGUUCGGAUGUUACCGAAGCUAAGUACUUCUCCACUCCCCUGCUCCUGGGCAAGAACGGACUUGAGAAGAACCUUGGACUGCCCAAGCUGAAUGCUUACGAACAGGAACUGCUGAAGAAGGCCAUUCCAGAGCUGAAGAAGAACAUCCAGAAGGGUGAAGACUUUGCCCACAAGAAGUAAAGCGAUCCGAUCAGUAGGCGGCGCGGUUUACAUACAUCAUCGAAAAACAUAUUAAGUACAACAACAAAAGCGCAUUUGGCAUGCUACUACCGGAGAAACAAAAACUACCAUCCCCUUUAAAGUCAUAAACAUAAGUCACCGCGUGAAAUCGCAAUGUCUUCUCUUUGAAAGACGAAAAAGAAACACAAAAGUCGAAUGAAGUGGAAAACCUCAGACCCCAAAGAAGGUAUCGGUCCUAGUAGAAUUAGGAAAGGAAAGGAUACAAAACAUAGAGAAUAAAAUUCGCAAAUAAAGUGUUUGUUUGGGCGAUAACUCGCCGUAGGAUGUAAAAAAAUCA